CAUUACCGACGUUUCAGAGACCCCUUCAUAUUCCCCAUUUCUGUUGUCUCCCUCCCUCGCCCACCCAACCCCAAACCUUCUCUCGUCCCCUCUUUCUCUCUCUCUAAAUUAUUCAACCACAGAUUUUUCUUCUUCUCCACAAAACCUCAACCUUCGGUUUAUCUCUCUCUCCCUAUCGGGGGAAAAGAUCAAUUCGAGAGAGAAAGAGAUCCAGCUCAUCGGAAUCCAUAUCUGAAACAAAUGGCUCAGAGGACGGAGAAGGAAGAGACGGAGUUCAAGGUCCCCGACACCUUAACGCACUGCGUCAACAACUGCGGCGUCACAGGCAAUCCCGCCACCAACAACAUGUGCCAGAAGUGCUUCAACGCCACCACCGCCGCAUCCACGGCCGCCGCCGCCACCGCAACGACGACCGCCGUUUUCAAGUUUUCCGGCGAGAAAGUCCCGAGAUCCAGCUCCUUCCGCUUCGACGGUCCCUCCGAAACCAUCCGCAAAGCGGCCGCGUCGGUGGAGAGCACGAGAUCGGAGGAGUCGUCGAUGAGGCGCGUGGUCAACCGGUGCUCUGGAUGCAGGAGAAAGGUCGGGUUGACCGGAUUCCGGUGCCGGUGCGGGGAGCUGUUCUGCGCAGAGCACCGGUACUCGGAUCGACACGUGUGUAGCUAUGACUACAAGGCCGCGGGUCGAGAGGCUAUAGCCAGAGAAAACCCCGUGGUCAAAGCGGCCAAGAUCGUCAGGGUUUGAUUUCAUAUUUAGAAAUUUGUAGAAAUGAAAACAUCGCACUAAAUUUCUAAAAUUCCUCAAAAAAAAAAAAAAAAAGUAAAGAGGAAUUCGUGCUCGGUUGUUCGCGGUGUCUCUUCCCCGGAGAUCACCGGACGAUCGUUUAGAGCAGGAGAGAGAGAGAGAAAGAGAUGGCUUUGGCUUCGAUAUUCAAAGAAAAUCAAAAUCUCUCGAUGAUUAUUAUUACUAUUUUUUUUUUAAUUUUAAUUUUUUGUGUGUUGUUCUUUUGUUUGGAAAUGAUAAAUUAUUGUGAUUUACGAUGAUGA